CCGCCAUCAGCGCAUAGAGCGCAUCGCAUAGCGCACUAUAACACUCUCUCUAAAAUCCGUAAAAUCGAGAUCGCAGAGAAAGAGUGUGAUAGACAAAGAGGUGAAGAAAAGAGUGAGAACGGUACAAAACCAAUAUGGUGACUGAUGGAUUCGUAAUCCACUGUUGAUGAUCACGAAACGUUAGAAAAAAAGUAAUAUGUUUAACAAUAACGUUGUUGUCAGUUUUGGGGGUGGACGGUGGUGAAAAAGAUUGUGAUGAACCCGAAGUGAAUGAAAAAUUAUCAAACAGACACGAGGCAGGAAAUCAUGUGCGAUGUAUGCGCUGACUUUCACGAUCUUCUACUUUCGUACGAAGAGCGAUCUACAAAGGAUCUGGAUGAUGUUUCUCUUUGUGCCAUAGAUGUGGACACGAUACUUCAUUAUGUUAAUCAAUGGGUCCAGAGACAAUGUAUGUGCUGCUAUCGAGAGGCAAAGAAUUUCGAUCGUUUCGUGCGGUUGACGCAGAGCGUAGUUCUCUGCACUCUUCAGCAACUCAGAGCCAUACGUCAAAAAUCAAAACCUCCUGACGAAGAUGAGGUCGACGUGGAAGGAGUGUCACGCACGGCGGAUGAAGAGGACGAAGAAGAGGACGAAGAGGAGGAUGAGGAGGAAGAGGAGGAAGAAGAAGAGACUGAGGAAAGAAAACAGUCGCAAUUGGGCGACAUAGAACAAUCGGAAAAACGAAAACGCGAAGGAUCUGGACACAGUGAAAAAAGUAGAGAAACGAGAAAAGAGUUGACAGGUAGAAGAUCGUCGGAUUCAUCAGGCAGUUCGAAACAUCAUUGGUCACAACAAGAUCGAGAAAAACUCUUUCAUCUGUUGUCGAAAAUAUUUUUGCUCAACUUCCCGCUCUAUAUUGCUAUGAAACACGGAGGAGCUCUGAACCCGUUGGCACCGGUAAAGGACGAGGGAGGAUACUGCGAGCCGCACGAUCCGGAGGUGCCGGCGCCCCUGAUUCGUGCCGUUUCCGUAUUUUGUCAUCAGAGCGGCUUCGAAUUGAUGUCGUCGUGUUUUGACGCGCCCGAACAAUUGCCAGUGGGUUUGGCACAUUCCAUGGUUGCAGUUAUUUGCAAUCUCAAACUGUGGUUGAAUUACGGUAGCGUUAUACAAAUGUUUACGCCAUUGCGAAGUCGCGUUAUGAAGUACAUGUGUCGUUUGGGUGACAAAGAGCUCCGUACACCGGCUGUGAGGACGAUGGCAGAUUUCAUGUGGAGCGCUGUAAAAGAUCCAAUAGAUGCUGUUCUUCCAACUUUCGAUCGUGACGGUCUCGAUCUGGCUUUCAAAUACUUCACGAGCACGACUCUGACGAUGAGACUGGCGGGCGUCGCCCAAAUAAAUGCUCACAUAACGGCUUUCAAUGAAUUAUGCAACAGCGAGACGGUGGCCGAAGUGGAGCAAGUUGGUCAUGCUCUUGCCGCUUGGUUAACGGAAAACAACAUAAUAGCCCACAUAUUCGGUCCGAAUCUGCACGCCGAAGUUAUAAAACAGAGUCACAUUGUGCUGAGCUUUCUCGCGAUGGAAGGACGUAUCACUUCUUCCGACAUGGACACAAUGUGGCAAGCUGCACAGCUCAAACAUUGCGCACGACCAGUUUAUGACUUGCUCGCACCUCUGGUUAAGCAUCUUGCUCCAACCCCUGUUCUACAUCUUUACUCUUUGCUCGGUAAACUCGAGCCAAAAGAUCACACGGAGCAAAGUCUUUUCCUCGCAUCGGCCCUGAUCAAAUUUAUUUGGACCUCCGGUGGGCCGGGCUAUCCCGGCGCUCUUGCGGUUAAAAAUCGCGACAUGUCGAGAGUCGGCGAUGAUGUUUGUGAGAGCAGCAGCAGUGAUCCUAGCGGCAUCGAUGCGAGUAGUCCUGAGGAAGACGAUGAAGAACCGAGUCCUGCACCUUCCGAAGGACCCUCACCAAGGAAACAAGCCCGAGGCGAUAGCAGCGAUUGCGAAGGUACCUGCAAGAGAGGUAAAAGCCCGGAACAAAUGCCGGUCGAGUCGAACCUCACCGGUGUCGGUGAUUUCGCGACGGUUUCAGGAGCCUCGAAAAUGAAUCGUCCGACCAUUGAAAUGCUAACCGAAAGUCCACCGACGGUAUCGAGUCCGAUAGAGGAUCGAAUAAUCGAGGACGCGGAGACCAAAACGGACAAUGAGACGAGAGCCAUCAAGCAUCAGCAAGCAAGUGGAUCCGACGCGGAGGCUGACACAGAAAAAUCAAAUACGGAAGAAACGAUAGUACAAGAGAAAAAGAAGCGUAAAAUUUUACGAAAACGUAAAAAGCCGCAAAAGCGGUCGAACGAUCACGAGAGCGAUAUGGGAAAAGGAUCAUCAUCGUUGAAUCAAAUAGUGGAGAGAGAAAAUCCGAAAGAAUCGCGUGAUUUGUGCGGCGCAAUGCUCGCGAAAAGUAAUUCCGAGUGCAUCGAGGAUUCCUCGUUGACGAUGGAGUCGUCAGUAAUGUCCGAUUCUCCGCGCAAAUUGGAACGAAAAUAUCAACACGUCGAUUGUGACACGUUGGAUUGUGUCAAGGAACACGAACAGCAGCGUUCGCUGGGCGUUGAAACGAAGGAUCAGCAAGUACCGACGGCCGUUAGUAAUUUGCAAUUGCGGGCAACGAGCAAGAGCAGCGGCAGUGAAAAAUACAUGUCUCUGGUUGGUGCAGACGGUCGCGUAGAACGCGGACCCGAUUCGGCGGCAACAUCACACGACGAGGAGGACAGCGACGGCGCGGUAGCCGCGAUGGGUGGCGUCAUCGGGAAUGCGGCAGCGGCAGCAGCCGCGGCUGCUGCGGCGGCUGCAGCGGCUGCCGCCGCAGCUUCGGCGGGGGUUGACGGUACGAACCCGGUGAUUUCCGACCUCGCUGGUCUCGUACACGCAACUGGACAACCAUUUUUACCAUCGGGACUCGACGAGAUGCUGUCGGACGAAGAGGGUUCUUACAGCAGCAGAAUAUCAAACAAGAGCGAAAAAAAUAUGGCGGAUUUCGAUGGUGAGGAGAGCGGAUGUGAGGAAGAAUUGGCACAACUCGCCGCGAGACAUCUUACAGCGAUACAGAUGCAAGCUUAUCAUCCGCAUUCUCACCACCACCACCAUCAUCAUCAUCCGCAUCAUCCCCACCAUCCGUCGCAGCAUCAGCCUCAUCACCAUCAUCAUCAACACAAUCAUCAUCAUCAGCAACAACAGCAGCAGCAGCACCAGCAGCAGCAGCAGCUCCAGCAGCAGCAGCAGCACCAGCAGCAGCCGCCGCAACAGCUGCAGCAGCAACAGCAACAACAGCAUCAACAUCAUCAUCAUCACCACCAUCAUCACCAUCAUCACCACAACCAUAAUCAUCACUCCCAAAGCGGAAUACGCGUAAAGAAGGCGAGCUUUCGUCCUCGUCUUUCGGAUCGCACGAGAGCCGGUAGGCGCGCUCGGUUGAGCCAACAAUCCGGCUCCUCGUCUUCCCGCCUAGGUUCUCAGUUCAACUUCGAUAGCGUGUGUAAGAGCGGCGGUACACCGGUAUCCCCGCGCUUCGCAUCUCAAUUGAACCUCGAAACCGUGUGCAAACCCGGUAGCACUCUCCUCUGGGAUCUCUUGCAAGACGAUAAAAUUGGCCAUUUGGGCGAAGGUUUGGCCCUCGAGGCGGAAAAAGCUCUUUGCAAUUUGCUCUGUUUCAACGUCGAUCGUCUCAUACCAAUGAAGUUCAUCGAAGGCUGCCUCGACAAUCUGGCAGCCAAUCAAUCGGUCGUUAUAUCCCUGAGACUAUUGCCCAAGUUAUUAGCGAGUUUUCAACAAUUCGGAUCGAUGGACGCUCACACGAUAACGACUUGGGCCGAUCGUGAGAGAGGUAUGAUGAAGCAUUUUUUCAACAAUUUGAAAAGUUACGCAAACGCCAACGCGAGUAUGAGCGGCGCGUGCGGUACUACGAGUUGUAGCGGAAGUAGCAGCAGCGUACCGAGCACCACCGGGGUCAACAACGCUUCGACGAGCAAUCUUUAUUCCCAUCAGACAGAGAUACAAGUAAGAUUGCAAUUCCUCUCUUCAAUAUUCUCGCCGCUAGGAUCACCCGAAUGUUUCCGUUUGAGUCUCGAGCAGGUCGACAUACUUUGGCAAUGUUUGUCCCAAGAUCCGACUUGCGCCGAUGAACUUUUCAGUUGGUUGCUCAGCCAGGCUAAGUCAACGGAACAACACGCCCUCGGGAUGGACACUCUGAAGCAUCUGUGUUUGAAAAAAUUGCCGAGUUUGCCGCCGGAGACUAUAAGUAUGACGGGGCUGAGUCUCUUCCAACAGCUCUGCAAUCUCGCGCGUUUGGCGGCUGCGCAUUUGGAUCGACCGUUACGCGACGUUGACUCGGUCGGCAUGGAUUUCCUCUGGCGCAUCGCUCUCCGGGCGAAAAGUACGGACGUCAGUAUGGCAGCGAUACAAUAUUUGAACGGGUAUUACAUGUCGCGACAGCUGACCCAGGAAGCCGAAUUCGUCUCUCAGUGCAUGACUCAUCUCGCUGCGGCAAGCGCCGAUCUUGAGAACAACGAGGAAGCGAGCCUGCGUUGCAUUCAACGGGCCUUGCUCUUAUUGCGCACGCAUCUCGAGGCUUUUCGUAAACGAUACGCUUAUCAUCUGCGCCGUUGGGCUUUGGAGGGACGCGGCGCGGGCAGUCACGUCGCCAUGAACACCCAAGAGAAGGGCCAACAUUUGAGGAUAUUCGUACAACCGGCCGGGAUACCGGACAAAACGAGUUUCUCCUUGCUGAGCACCGAUUACGUGGCCGAUUUGAGGGCGGAAGUAGCGAAAUGGUGGGACGAUACGCAAAACGGUGGUAGAGCAGCCGGUGGUGGCCCGGGGGCAUCCGCUUCUAGCGACUCGUCGUUACCCGCUUCCUCGAGCGUUCCCUCCGCUCCCGGGAAUUCGGGCCUGUCCGCGCCAAGUACAUCGGUCCUCGGUACUCUCUUGACCGAUCGCGACGGACCGAUCCGAAUGAUCGCCCAAGGACAAGAAUUGACGUUCGACUUUGACGAGAAGACGCUCCAAGAGAUGGGCUUCAAGGACGGACAACUGGUUUUUAUAUCGCUCGGCGCUGCUGGAGCGAGAGGCGGUUGCGGUAGCGGAGGCUCGACUAAUCGUGCCAACUCGGCCAACAAACGUGACGUAGAUUCGGCGAGUCUGUUACCACCGCCGCCCAAGGAAUCGUUACCGACCCUCUUGUUACUGAGGCCCCAGUAUUUCGAGCAAUUGUUCACUCUCAUGCGUACUCUGAGCGCUAUGAAAACGAGCGUUAAAGGUGGCCAAAAGAUACCAAACACGAAAGCACAAUUGUUGUCGCGACGAGUCUGGGACACGUUGACUCUGCUGCCGACGAGCCCGACGCUCCUCCGUGGCUUUCAAAAAUUGGGAGAAACCUCCUUGCCCGAACUUCUCGAUCCUGCGAGCCCACAAAAGCUCAUGUACUCGCUGUACAUAGUCGAAUCGUUGAGUCGACGAAGUCCUUCGAUUUCCGUCACCGGUUCCUCCUCCUCCUCCUCCUCCUCCUCCUCGAGCGGGACGAGCGCGGCAGUCACGAUAACCCCGAUCAACGAGGCCUGCGGCGGGCCGGGCGGCGAUGCGACUCCGGGGGCAGGUUGUACGAGCGGCGCGACGAUAAUCGAGGAGACCUCGCUUGAGGAGAGCGCACCGAGGGAAACACAGCGGACGCACGCCGAAGCAGAGCCCGUAGCUUGGUCGACGCUGUUCGUCCAACACGGCGGUCUGCGUCAUCUCUUCGAUAUUUUCAUGUCCGGUUGUUUGGAACGCGGCGACGGGAGCGAGUGGCAACAGGAUUGCCUCGCCAGUCUCUUGAAGCAGCUCUGCCAUCUCGGCGUCGUCAAAGAAGAAAAGAAAACGCGAAAACACAAACCAGAAAAAUUGAUCGUACCGAGAUUGAGCGAGGCGAUGCUCGCGAUGAUGAGCGUCGAUACGGUCAUGCCGAGACUGACGAGUAUCCUCAACGAGGCGUCGAUGCCGCGCGAUCCGAAUCACUACAAAACCGGUCUCUUCGGUAGAUCGCAGGUGAUACAUUACGCGAUGGCGUUACUGGUCUGUUGGGUGCACAGCGAUCCGCGCCUCAGACAAUACCUCUUUUUGCAAACAUCCCCCGAGCCGUUUGGACACACUUGGUUGCGCAGACUGGUCCUCGAAGAUCCGGAGCCGGCUGUGCGCAGAGAAGUUUGUACGGCUCUUUACAGGCUGUGCUUGGGGACGACCGGGAGCGAGGAUUACGACGAUACGGACGGCGAACAUUGCGACGCGUCGAGCUUGAUAGUCUCGAUGCUGAAUACUCUCCUGGAGUAUCUCGUCGUAGCCGAAACGAUGCAGCCGUCGCUGAGACGGAGGCCGGAUUUGCCGCUUCAUCUGCACUCGGCAUUGGACGACGGAAAAGAGCCUUACGGGCCAGCCUGUCGGGAUUAUUUCUGGCUGGUGUGUCGUCUCGUGGAUGCUUUACCGGAAGAUGCGAUCAGGGAGGGCUGCAUCGAGUCGGAGAGUGAAACGGGAGCGGAGAGCGCAGCGGGGACCGGUACGCUAGUCGGGGAUGGGAGCAGCAUUGACCUCGAGGCGUUGGCCAGCCGCGUUAUCGAUUCGGUAUUGAGCAGGGAACAUCUCGAGACUCGUCACAAUACCGUCGAGGACGACGCGCUCGUUGGACUUUUGAAUCUUACUUGCAACAUAAUGACGCACAAUCCAACCUGCAAACAGGCUAAGAUCGGACAAAACUUGCUCAAUCGUGUAUUCGACUUUCUAUUCGACUUACCGAAUCCACGAAUGAAACACGUGCCCAAAUGCAAGAGUCAAGUCUCGAGGUCGGCGGCUUUCGAUCUGCUGGUCGAGCUCGUCAAGUCGGCACCGGAGAAUUAUCGGCUUCUCCACGAGAAACUGUUGGCCCAACAUCGACCCGGUCCCCACUCACCCUAUCCCUGGGAUUAUUGGCCCCACGAGGACGGACGCUCCGAUUGCGGCUACGUUGGCCUCACCAAUCUCGGUGCUACCUGUUACAUGGCCAGUUGUAUGCAGCACCUGUACAUGAUGCCUCAGGCGCGCGUAGCCAUACUCGGCGCCGACUGCAAUCGCGCCAACAAGCAUCAGUCGACCCUGCGAGAACUUCAACGAAUGUUCGCCUAUCUCCUCGAGUCCGAAAGGAAGGCCUACAAUCCGCGGAGCUUCUGUCGCGUUUACACGAUGAAUCACGAGCCCCUCAAUACCGGUGAACAAAAAGACAUGGCCGAAUUUUUCAUCGAUCUCGUCUCGAAACUCGAGGAAAUGACCUCGGACCUGAAACAUCUCGUGAAGACGCUUUUCUGCGGUGUCAUAUCGAACAACGUCGUUUCCCUCGAUUGCGAACACGUCAGUCGAACCCUCGAAGAAUUUUACACCGUUCGGUGUCAGGUCGCCGAUAUGAGGAACUUGUACGAGAGCCUCGACGAGGUCACCGUCAAGGAUACCCUCGAGGGCGACAACAUGUACACCUGCUCGCAAUGCGGUAAAAAAGCACGCGCCGAAAAGAGGGCUUGUUUCAAAAAAUUGCCUCACAUAUUGUGCUUCAACACGAUGCGCUAUACCUUCAAUAUGGGCACGAUGCUCAAAGAAAAAGUUAACACGCAUUUCAGCUUUCCAUUGAGACUCGACAUGUCCGGUUACGUUGAAAAAAAACUUAUGCCUCAGCAUUACAGGGAAGAACGGGAACGAGAGACCGGCGGCGGUGACGCCACCAGCGGAGAAAAAAAUGGGACUGAGUGCUCCUCGAUGGACGACGAACCGACCAACAGCGAUAAACUAUCGCCACCGAGCGAUGUCAGCCGCCGUACGGAAUCGCAGAUCGCGGAACACUAUCAAUACGAUCUCAUCGGCGUUACGGUCCACACUGGCACGGCCGACGGUGGACAUUACUACAGUUUCAUAAGGGAUCGAACCUCGGCGAACAAAGACAAGUGGUUUUUGUUCAACGACGCCGAGGUCAAACCCUUCGACCCUAGUCAAAUAGCUGCCGAAUGCUUCGGCGGUGAAAUGACGAGCAAAACUUACGAUUCUGUCACCGAUAAAUUUAUGGACUUUAGCUUCGAGAAAACGAAUUCGGCCUACAUGCUUUUUUACGAAUGGUGCAACGACCCCAACUUUGAACAGACGAAGGAGGAGGGCGCCACGGUCUCCGGUCCGUUAGCAACCUCUGUCUCGACGACCUACGGCUUGGAAGACAUGAAUCGUACCCUCGACAAAUCCUCACCGCCGUCCACUCAGUCCCAAGUCGCUGCUCAGAAUCAACAAUUGGUGGCGAGCAAUUCGCCUCAACUGGUGUUGAACAAAGAACUCGAGGAUUGGAUAUGGCAGGACAACACACAUUUUCUUCAGGACAAAAACAUAUUCGAGCACACUUACUUCAGUUUCAUGUGGCAGAUCUGCGGUUACAUACCGCAAACUUUGUUGUCCAUGCAGCCGGACGUUACCGAAUUAUCGGCCGAAUUGUCGACCUCAUUUUUCAUGGAAACUUUUAUUCACGCGAAGGAAAAACCAACGAUGGUACAAUGGGUGGAAUUGUUGACGAAACAAUUCAACGGAUCGGCAGGUGCUUGCGCUCGUUUCCUCGAGCGCAUGGCCGGGGAUUCCUGGUGGCCUAUACAGAUUCUAGUCAAGUGUCCGAAUCAAAUGGUGCGACAAAUGUUUCAAAGACUUUGUAUACACGUUAUACAAAGAUUGCGCUCGAGUCAAGCGCCGCUUUAUUUACUUUGCGAGACUGAAAACGACUCCGGCGGCAGUCAGUACAACGGCGUUGGCACGCAGUCUUGUGUCACGAGAUUCGUCAGAAUGUUGCUCUCGCUGAUGGAACACGCGAAACAACACCUCAAACAUCUCACCGAAUACUUUGGCUUUCUUUACGAAUUCAGCAAAAUGGGCGAGGAGGAAACCCUCUUUCUUAUCAGAGUCCAAGCGGUCUCGACCAUGGUCAACUUUUAUCUUGGCCACAAAACUCACGAGACUACCGACGCCGUCAGCGAAGAGGAGGAGGAAGAGGAGGAAGAAGUUGUACUCGCGGUAGCCUCGGAAAAACUUCGGCCCGCAUCUCUUGACAAAAUGAUUACGCUCGUUGCGACUCUCGUUGAACGCAGUCGAGGAUCCGAUCACAGAUUGACGCUGUCACCGGCUGAUCUGAACGCCGUAGCCGGAGGCAAAGGUUUCCCGUUCCUCUAUCAGCAAACUCGCGACGUUAUAAAUCUCAAUCAAACCCGAAAUCUCAUACAAUCGUUGUGCCGCUGGAACGAUCGUCUCGCAAUUCACAUCGUUACAAUGAUAUUUCAAGCAAUAACGAAGCACACGGACGUUUGUCAACCGUUUUUCAAGCUCCUGACCCUUUUGACCGAAGGUUCCGGCCCGAGUGGGCUACCGUGCAUGACCCAAUUGAUACUGAGCCGCGUUUGGGAAGCCGCGCGAGUCGCGCCUCACGGUGCUCUCGAAUGGUUGGCCCUGGCCGUCACCCGGAGCAAACUGGCUCACGCUUGGGUCCUUCAGGGCCUCGAUACGUGGUUGCAACAUUUUCUCAUCGAACACGCGAAUCAGAGAGUUCGUUCGGCCGCAGCUUUUCUACUCGUCUCACUCGUACCGUCGACACAUUUCAGGCAAGGUUAUCGGGGUGCGUACAGACUCGGUCUCGGAUGCAAUUCCUCUCGUGAGCUGCAACUAUCCUCCGAAGCGACGAUAAUACUCCAUCAAAUUUAUACGGCACUGCUCCGACUUCUUCAACCUGCUCGACACUAUAUCGAUAUACAGACCCACGGCACGAUGAAGCUGACAGCCUAUUUCGCUCUUCUCACUUAUUGCGCUGUCUCAAAAACCGAGAAACUCAUGUUUGGACAGUAUUUGAACGAUCUGUGGACGCUCUUCCAUCCAAAACUCUCCGAGCCCAGUAUACCGGUUCAUCACAAUAAGCAGGCUGUACUUCUCUUCUGGUACCACGUUUGUUGCGACUGUCCGGAAAACGUUGCGAUGAUAUUGCACAAUCCGCACAUCACAAAGAACAUAGCUUUCAAUUACAUCCUUGCCGAUCACGAAGAUCAAGACGUCGUACUGUUCAAUCGUGUGAUGCUGCCAGCCUAUUACGGUUUGUUGAGACUGUGUUGUCAACAAUCAAGGGUUUUCACCAGGCAGCUCGCUGCUCAUCAGAACAUACAGUGGGCUUUCAAGAAUAUAACACCUCAUCCUACCCAAUAUUCUACGGCUGUUGACGAGCUGUUCAAAUUGAUGCAACUGCUCGUAACUAGACAUCCCGAUCAAACCGAACAAGAAGAGGCCGAGAUCGCGUCAUUCAGGAGAGGAACAUUGUCCUCGUACCUUCAAGGAUUGGACGGUCGAUCUUGUUGGGCUACUCUAAUAUCUGCAUUCAGGUGUCUCAUAGAGUCGGACGAUGAUCGUCUGUACGUAGUUUACAACGGUGGAUUGAGCAUGGCACUGGAAGCUUUUCAUAUGCUCCACAUAAUGUACCACGAAGCCACGGCGUGUCACGUGGCAGGAGAUUUGGCUGAGCUCAUAGCGAUAAUCGUGGAGCUCGUGCGAUGCGUCAGAACUGCCCGUGAUGGCCCGGACGCGAGGAAUAUUCUAGCAAAUUGCAAAGAAUGGCCGGACGUACUGCGAAAAUUGGCAACACUUUUGAAUACGUAUAACCCACCGGACAUGCGUAAUUUGGCGAUAGAUUUGUUGAAAGAGCUCGUUAUGCUUGUACCUGCCGAAGCUAUAUUGAUACUAGCACCGUUGCUGUCGCACUGCCAUGCCGCGCUCCAGGAAUCUCACGCGGCCGUACCGCCCGGUCCUUACUUACCGAGACGCUCAACCGCCGCGGGAAAAAUGGGCUCUCGACCUGCCAGGCCUAUGGUACAAAUGGCUGUUCCACAUUCGCAACUCGAAGCUGCCAAAGGUGUCGAUCCCGAAUACGACAGUGCUCUCUUGGAAUUUUAUUUGCCGUAUCACGAAUUAAUCGACGUCAUGUGCAGACUCGCCAUUAACAAUGACUGUAUGACCGACACCCUCGUCAAUUUAAGCGCAAUGCUGGGUUUCGAAGGUGUCCCGCUGCAUUUGGCGUUGUUUCCCCGUCUGUGGUUGGACGUUCACGCUGCAACGCACAUAGAUAGAAAGCACAUAGCCGCCCUGCUGUGUUCGUCAUACACAGUGGAUUACGUGGACGCGGUUUUGUUGGACGAGAGAUCGUCGCUGGGUGUGCCCGCGAUUCACGCUUUUCUCAAAACAUUUUUUCCAAAAUUAGCGAAUCACGUAUUGACCGAACAAACGUGUUCGUUGAUAGACAAUCUGGUGAGCUCUAUGAGCGCGAUGGUCGAGGCGGUCGACGUCAAAGUAUCGGCGCACAGACUGACGGGUGAUCUCCGCGCUCUGGCAUUGGUCUACAGUAGCGGUACGCGGCUCGAGGCACCGCCGAGUUUGCUACCCGCGCUCGAGACUCUUUUGGCGAGAACGCGAGCGGCGAGAAUCAAAGAGACGAACUCGCAGGAAACCGAGGCACCUUCGAAAAAACGAAAAUUCACAUCGAGCGAGGAGAGUCACGAGGAAAACGCGAGAAGAAAAGCUCAUUCACCUACCGACGAGGUAUCGCGAGUCGAGAGAGACACCAAUUCGGAGAUGGAUAUCGAAGACAAGGAUAAGACUGACAAACAGGCUACGGAAGUUAUUAAAUCGAGCGAAUCCGUCGAGGAGCGACUCGGACACGAGGACAAGUCACAGUGUCCGAAGAACGAGAGAACGAGCGACGCAACGUCUAUAUCGUCGAGCUUGGUCAGCGCAUCGGGCACCGGCUCCACCCCGUGCACCAAUCAGUUGUUAUGCUCGUUAACGAACGUCUCGUGGCUCGAGAUGUUGGAAAAAACUAUAAUCAAUCUACAAGUGAUUGUGACAUUACAAACGAAAAAUUCCUAAUUCAGAGGAAACAAACGAAAACACACGGACAAACUGUACGAGCCAAUUGUAUUCUCUUCGUUUUUAUGUAUGUAUGUAUAUACACGCGUAUGCGUAUACAUACAUAUUUUGUCUUUAUUUUUUUUUUUUUUUUUUCUUUCAUUUUAUUCUUUAUCUCAUCUUGCUUCAACGAUGCGCUGCCCCAUUCCCAGAGUACGUUUUACCAAUUGUAACACCACAACGGGGACUGAAUUUGGGCAUAAGCUUGUCUCUCGUAACAGCUAUUUGCCAAAAUAAAAUAUCAUCAAACGAGAACGUGUACCGGGCUGAUUGUUGAGCCGUUCAAUCAAUAUAUCGAGCUCUGUUUGCGUUUUCCUCCCAUUACCACGGUACAAUUACAACAUUGCUGCUUCUCGCUCAUGUAUUUUAUUCAUAUUUUUUGUACAUAAGUUCAUUGUUCAGAUCGGUAGAACGCUUUACACACUAUUUCAAAAUAGAGUGAUACAUUUUUUGAAAAAUUGUUUCUACAAAUUUUUAUGGAUCAAACGACUGUUCAAAGGGGCGCAUAAUAAAGCAGCUUUGCAAAUAUCGAGUCUUGAACGACGAAUUAUUUGCAACAAUCAACUUUGCUCGUCCAAAUAUUUAUUUUUAUUUUGUUUUUCAUUUUCCAUUGCUCGUUCAAUAUGUUGAUCUCAUCGCAGAUUGUUUAAAUAGUUAAAAAGUACGAAUUUUGUUCCAUUUUUUUUUUUGACAAAUAAAAGUGAGAUCGUAGAAUUUUUUUCUUUUUUUCUUUUUUUUUUUUAAUCUACAAAUUUACAUCUCUGCAAAAUCGUGGAAAUCUUUUAAACCGACAGAACGAGCUUUAGAAAAUGAAAAUUGGACACCACUAAAAGAGAACGUAGCAUUAUCUCUUCACUAAUUGGCUCGAGUCAAUGUAUAUAUUUAAUAAUAAAUUAUUAUUAUUGUUUUUUCAACUACCAACGAGUGCAGUGAUAAACCUUAAAUAUGCAUCACAAAGUCGAUUAUUCUAUUCGCGACGCGAAGAAUCUACAGAUGACAACACUUAGGACUGUCAAUUUCAAUCGGAAAUUUUCGAACGAAAGUUUGAAACAUCACAAUGGUAAUGGUACUGAAUACCAUUAAAAUUAUUAAUUUUAGUCAAAUGUUUUGUCUUGUCGAACUUGAGGAGCGUACGUAUGUCGGGGGUUGAACGCGUUCUCAACGGUAAUAACAUUUUAGUGUCCGGGAUAUGGAGUAAAAAGUCCAGAAAAAAAUACAUGUUUUUGCUCCUUUUUUACAAACAAAGUAUAACACGAAAUCGUUGCCGCACGAGCCUAAUUUUAUCAUAAACUCUAUAUAGCCAUACAACGACAGGCUCCGUUCGCUGCACAUCUAUUUUCAAUGUCAAAUCGAAUUUUCCAGUUUUUUUUCUCUCAAAUAAUCAAACAAAUGAUUCGCAAUUUUUUGACUCUUCGUUAUUCGAUUAAAAUUUUUGUAACUUUUAUUCUACACCACAUUAAACGUUCAGCCACUGCUUCCAUUUUUUAUUUGUGAAUUAAUUGUCUUGAAAUAUAGUAAUUAGUUUUUUAUCGAAAUUUUGUUGAGUUUUGGAAAUGCAAGUUAUUUUCAAAUCUUAGUUUUAAUACCUGCCAAUUUUCUUCAUAAUGAUUAACACUGAGCUCAUCAUUCUGAAAAGCGUCGUUUUGAAACAUCUUUUUCGCGUAUUUACCAUAUUUAACGGGUCAUCGAUAAUUAUUGUACGUGUAUCAGAUCAUAAGAAUCACCUACGAGGGCUCUCGAGUUUACACCAGACACCGACUGAUUCGCUUGUAUAGUCGCGAAUAAAAGUUUAUAUAUAAAACGA